AUGAUGUCCAGUGUUCAGGCUGUCAGAGCGCUUGAUGUCAUCCGUUUUUGAUGCUGUAGUUCAGACUUCAACAUACCGCUGGACUCACCACAAAUAAACCAUACCUCUAUGCUGUAGCCUACCUCACCUGGACACAGCCCACAGGCUUAUAUAAGGCCCUGAUCCACUGACGGUGCAUUUAGUCUCAGGAGACACAGUACCUUCCAACUUGAAUUUCUUUAAAGGAGAAGACUUGACAUGAUUGAUGUUUCAAGAACGCCAGAGUUCUCCCAUUGUGGAAACAUGAAUUCAAUUUCGAUGUGCACAUCCGCUGACCAAGAACUGGGCUCUAUUGGAGGCAGAAGCAGGCAAAGGUCGCACUCUUAUUACAGUCCUGAUGACUGUAAGAACUAUGGUGUGCAGCUGCAGGCAGAGGAAACCUGUCUAAGACCUCGCUCCAGGUCCUUUUACAGUUAUGAGACAUCAGAGCUUUACGCCGUCUAUGACGUGGGAAAAUCUACAGGGGCCAGUCCACUGAGGGUGAGCUCUUCUCUCCAGUAUCAAGUGAACAAAAAGGAAAAGAGAGAAGGUGAAGGAGCUGGUGUUUGUCUCGCCUCCAAGAAGUCUAAACCAAAAAAGCUGUUGUCAUCAAGAGAACUUAAUGGCAGUAAAGGCAAUCUGAAGUCAGUGUCCAUGCUCACCAUCUCCGAGUCGGACAACUGGGAGAUUAACUCCAGUUCGGGGAUGAAGUACGGACAGUUUGUGGACUGGGAGAAGAUUGACCCAGAGCCAGCGCAAAGGUACCAGCAGAUCCUGAAGAGUGGUCACCAUCAGCUGAAAGCCAUGGGCCGAGAAGGAUUCUGGGCCAUGCCUCACACACUGAGGGCCAAAGCUUACUAUCACAUCAUCCACAGCAUCAACUCCAGUGGGUCUGUGACUCCAGACAGAGACGUCUACUAUGAGCUGGCCAAGAAUCUGUUUGGAGAACAGAAGGUCAUCACCCAUCCAGUCCCAGAGUACAUGGAGGCAGUAGAAAUACCCAGAUACUGUCUCAACAAAGCAGGCCUGAACUCCGUUAAAAAGAUCCUCCUCUGCCUUGGCAAUUACUUCCCAGACAUGAACUUCUGCCCCAUUCUGCCUGAACUGGUCUCCCUCAUCCUCCACUUCAGCGAGGAUGAAGCUGAGUGUUUCCACAGUGUGUCCCGCCUCAUCUGCUACAAUGACCCCAACAAGCGCUACAUCGACCAGACCUUCCUCACCUACCGCGCCUCCUGCAUGACCUUUGGAGACCUCGCCAACAGGUGUUGCAGAGGCAUCCGCAAGCUGAUCGCUAGCUCCCACCAGAACCUCUUUGAGUUUUACUCUGACUGGAUCAUGUGGAUAUUUGCCGACCUCCCGUUCACGUACGCCAUCAGAGUGAUGGAUGUCUACCUACUGGAGGGCUACAAGGUCCUCUACAGGGUGGCACUGGCUCUGCUCAACCUCUACAAAGUAUCCGUGUCGUCCCGAGUGGCAGACGUGGAGGACUUCAGGACGGAUAUGAAGAGGUUUGUGCAGAGCAUAGCUCGCCACUGCACAGCUGAGAAGCUUCUGGAGAAGGCCUUCAUGAUUCCCAUGGCCACGCGGCGGGAGCUCAACCUCCUGUUCAAUGCUAAUAAGGACUCCCUCAUGCAGAAGGGCGUCAGCCUACACCAGAAGAGGCAGACAGUUGAGACGGUGGACUUCAACAACUUCACCUCCUGUGUAGUGACUGGGACUGAGAUGAGAGUCGUCUGGGCCUGGAUACCUGAGCGCUUUGCCCUUUUCAGUCCCGUCAGGCUGUUUAACACAGCCGAACAUGGAAGAAAUCUUGCUUCAUUUUAUUCACAUGUGGAGGGACACGAACCAGCGGUUGUGAUCAUCAAAACUGUGGAUGAAGAGGUUUUUGGUGCCUUCCUGUCAACGGAUUUGAUUGAAAGAAAUAAGCACGACUCCGAGGGUCUUGCAUUCUUUGGAACUGGGGAAUGUUUUGUGUUCACGCUUCGUCCCAGCAUGGAGCGCUACCAGCAGGCUAUGGUCAACAUUAUUACCAAAAGAGCUUACCCUCAGCAGGAUCGAGAGAGCGGCAGUGCCUCCUCCGAGAUAUCCCCCAUGACCUUCACCGCAGCCACCGCAACUCUGACCUGUCCUGCUGGAACCCCCCAGGACCCCAGCUACCUGACGAUCCCCUUCACUGCCCCGUCAGAGGAACCCAUGACUGCCAAAGAGCCGAAGAGACCAAAGGAGCAAAAAGCCUCCAUGUUCAUAGCAGGCAGCGACAGGCAGCUCAUUAUUGGUGGCAAUGGGGGCCAUGCGCUCUGCCUGCAGGAAGACCUACAGGGAGGAUACUCAGAGGCUUGUGACACAUUCAAGAGCACCAAACUCUGCAAAGGACAUUUCAAGAUCCAAGCCCUGGAAGUGUGGGGCAUCCAGGACUCUAUUUCCUUUUCUCACAGUUUAUUCUCUCAGUUGAAGGGAGAGCUGUAACUUUCUCCAUCGUUGUGCUGUAAUUGUCCUGUGAUAUUUAUUUGUGUAAUACACAUUUAUGCAACACAUUAUUUGAAGUGAUUGAGAGAGAUUUUUCUCGACCUGUUUUGUACAUAUCAAGUCAAGUCUAUUCGUGAUAGCCGUAUGUUACUGAUAUGGUCGAACUGGACUGUUUUAUUUUGUAUGAUUUUGCCAUAAUUCUGAAUUUGAUACACAUAAACGUCAUGCACUUUUUAUCAUGUGAUGAUCAGUCGUUUGUCUUUUUCAGUGUCUUAUUCAUAUAUCUGAACUACAUUUUGAAUAGAAUGUUAUUGUUUUUUACUAUAUAGCCUUCGUAAUGGGGUCAAAAGCAACUGAGUUUCAGACUGAAAACAUAUUUUUAUGCAGCCUAACUGCCUUUAAAUUCAUAAUCUUGAAACUGUUAAUGUGUGUACGUUGUGUAAGAUGUAGAUGUAGUAAAAAAUUUAAAAAAUGAUGUGAAUCUGACAUGCUGACCGACUACGCUACUUUUUCGUGUCGCUGGAAUUAUUACGAGUGUUAAGGGCCACAUUUGACUCGGGAAAACAAGUUAGUUGUUUGUUUCUUUGUUGUUGGUGGUAUUUUGUGAUAACAGACAAAAAGGUUUAGCGCAGCUCAGUGAAAGGAUGUUGAAAACAAAAAUAGUCUACAUUUCUGUAUGGAAAUGUCAGUGUAUGAUUUGGGUGUAUCUACUGUACUGUAUCUAGUCAUUGUUUAAGUCUUCGUAUUUUUUAA